AAAUCUGUAGCGACACCGUGUGGCAAAGCGGUAAUUGGGAGAAAUAAAGGUAGCAGCCUGCAGCAGUAUCUGGCAAUAGAAUUCCUUUAAGAUUAAUUUUUAUUUUUACGAUUUUGCUCAAAAAUGGUACUGUAUUGUUUUGUGGAAGGCUGCAAAUCGAAGAAAUACUGCAAAAAAGGUGAAAUAAGUGAUUCCAACCUGCAGUUUUACGGAUUUCCAAGCUGUCAAGAAGUACGUGAAGUAUGGGUCAAGGCUUUUCGUUUGAAUAAUCAAGAAAUUACACAGUUUCCAAAAACCAGCAGGAUUUGCAAUUUGCAUUUUUCCUUGGACUGCUUCAAACAAUGUGGAUUAUCUUCUCGUUUAAAACCAAAUUCUGUACCAAGUAUAUUUCCACGUGCUGAAAAUCAAAAUCAAAGCUUGGAAAUAUCCACGGAAAGUUGUCCUAAGAAUAAUGAUUUAAACGAUGAAAUAAUGAAUUCGGAUAAAGAUGUCAACGAAUACAUAUUACAAACUCCGAAGAAGUUAGUUCGCUACCCUGGUGAUAUUGACGACAAUGUUCUACAAACAAUAACACCAAAGACAAGUCAACGUAUAAUAAAAAUGUUAAAGCAAAAGUGUCAGGAAAAGGACAAGAUCAUUAAACGUUGCAGAACUCAACAAAGUCGUCAGAAGAAAAAAAUAGAAUCUUUGUCUCAGUUACUAUUAGAACUAAAAAAAGAACAUUUACUUUCUGAAAAUUCAUGUGAUAUUAUGCAAGUAAGUUAAAAAGUAAACUCAUGUAAAAGUGUAAUAUUAUUUUUAAAAUGUACAAACAAAUAAAAAAACAUACAAACAUUUUAAAUAAUGAGAAUGUCAUGAUUUUACAUGAGUUUCAAGUUUUCUUAUUGCGAAAUUUUCGAUUUAUUCAAUGAAAUUUUUGCUAACAGAAAAACUGAGAAAAGA